CCCACCUCGAGCAGAUCAAUGACGCGCGCAGCCAUGGCGACGGAGACCGAGACCUUCGCCUUCCAGGACGAGAUCAACCAGCUCCUCUCGCUCAUCAUCAACACCUUCUACUCCAACAAGGAGAUCUUCCUCCGCGAGCUCAUCUCCAACUCCUCCGAUGCCUUGGACAAGAUCAGGUUCGAGAGCCUCACGGACAAGAGCAAGCUCGAUGCGCAGCCUGAGCUCUUCAUCCACAUCAUCCCCGACAAGGCGACCAACAUGCUCACGAUCGUCGAUAGCGUCAUUGGCAUGAGCAAGUCGGACCUUGUCAACAACCUCGGUGUCGGCGUUCUGGGAAUGGGGUUUAGAUCCUAG